CUGGCUUUGCUGCCUCACUAAAGGUUGGGACAGUUGAGAGUCAAAAACUUGUUAUAAAUCGUCCUCUGGAUCAUGUGAGAAGACCAAAGAGAAAUUAUGUCGUUUUUAUAUAAACUUACUAUAUGACGGAAGAGGGAAUUUAAGUAAUAAUUAAAUAAUUUUCCAAAGACAAAACCAAGUUAAAUGGCCAAAUGCCAGUGUCGGUGGCGGAGGGUGCUCCUGUGCCUUUGCUGUGCUCCUUGUGUCCUGGUGGGGUCUCUCUGUGUAUAUAUCAGCCUGGUUAUAUCCUAUGGUAUUACCAUCACAGGCCCAGCAGCCAAUAUCCCCCAAACUCUACCAAAGCACUUCAUUGCACAGGGGUUAACGAUAAAUGGAUCCCUGGCCCCCCACCCAAGUAGCUCCUUCUGGGACGCCAAUUACCACAGAGGGGCUCUCUGGAACCGGCUCCAAGUGUCCAUUGACCGCUUUUACAACCCAAUCCUAAUGCCCAAGUCCAGGAGAGACCGUUAUGACCAUCUUCACACCAGUAAUGAUGAUAAUAAAAAAAAGCAGUUUUCCCACCCCACUGCAGGCUUCUCUGAGAUUGGGAACCUGGCAUCUAUCAUGGAUGAUUUCCCGGAGCUGUCCUUGCAGAUGCAAAUGUUUGUGCGCUCCUUGCAUGUCAGGGACUACCCCGUCCUCAUUCAGCCUGCUAAUCUGUGUGGGAGUGGGCCACGAAAGGGGCAAGGCCCAUUCCUGCUGCUGGCAAUCAAGUCCCAGGAUCUGAACUUUGAGAACCGCCAGGUCAUCCGGCAAACAUGGGGACAAGCUGGGAGGGUGGCUGGGGAAACAGGUGAAGGAAGGGUGGUACAAAGGGUCUUCCUCCUGGGUAAGAAAGACACAGAACUCGAUGUGGAUGUCAGCGAGCUGCUUCAGCUCGAGAGCCGCCACUAUGGGGACAUCCUCCAGUGGGACUUUCAGGACACCUUCUUUAACUUGACGCUGAAGGAUGUGCUACUGUGGGAUUGGCUCUCUGCCCACUGCCCUCAGACACAGUUUAUCUUUAAGGGGGAUGACGACGUUCUGGUGCGGACCGCUGCCCUGCUAGACUACCUCCAACAGCAGAUCCUCCAGUCAGGGGGGCCCGGCUCAGAGGGCAUGAAGGGAUUUAUGGUAGGGGAUGUGAUAGGAGCAGCCAUACCAAACAGAGUCAACUCCACCAAGUACUUUGUUCCAGAAACCUUCUAUAAGGGCUUGUAUCCACCAUACGGCGGCGGGGGAGGGGUGGUAUAUUCGGGGGUGCUGGCCAUGCGACUCAAGCGUGUCUCCCGGAGGGUCCACCUGUACCCCAUUGAUGAUGUCUACGUGGGCAUGUGCCUCCACAGACUGGGGGUCCACCCCAUCCACCAUCCGGCCUUCCUCACCUUUGACUUCCCCAAGAAAGAGAUGGAGAAACCCUGUGCCUACUAUACUGUCCUACUGGUACACAAACGAAGCCCUGCUCAGGUCAAGAAGCUGUGGUCGGAAAUGAGGAGAAACCACUCAGAAUGCCAGAACACCAGCCUGCGGAAAGACACCACUGGUGAAUGAUUACUGAAAGGUACAUAGGACGUUUGGACGUUCCGCUCCAUAGUGAGUAACGAGACUGGCUGCUUUGAAACUGACUUGCUGUAAAUGACGAAUGUUAAUGAAAACAUGCAUCCACUUGAGAACGGCCAAGGGUCAGCGUUCAGAGAACGUUCAGAGAACAAUGGCAUAUGACUGGCAACUUCCCCUAAUAGUGACACCCGCACUGACUGGCUGUCUUUGAAGGAAAAGUAGUCAUGAUUGUGAUGGACUAUCAACUAGUGAACAAUGUUACACAGAGCUUAACAAUGGGGAAGCUCUGUGUAACAUUAUUUUGUGAACAUGCAACAUUUAUUACUGUGAAACCAAUCAUUCAAGACACCUAGGGCUAUAUUUUAACAAUACUAGCCUUCUAUUUGUGUUAUCAAGAAGUGGGUAUGCUAAAUACUUCUGUGAAAUUUUUGUUUGGGGGGUGUGAGGGCAAGUAAAUAUUUAUUAAAAUAUUAAACAGAAUACUUGGGUCUAAACACUGAUGUCAUGGUUAAGGCCAAACAUCAUUAAACAGUCAAUACCUCCUGUUAAACAGGUUUGGUCACCUACUGGUGGAAGGAAUUCUAGUGCUCAGAUUCUAGGCUCUACAGCUUGUUUACAAGCAAACAUUUUCAAAGCUUAAAUCAGACUGUUUUUAUUGUAUGAAUCAAUUUUACUGAUUUAGUUACAGGAUAAUUGUCUGAUUUAGAUCUAGGUAUUCAAAACAUUGGGGGAAAAGUGGUAAAUGUGUAAGAUGUUUUUUUACAUUGGAUAUUCAAUCAGACAAUGGAC